AUGUUCGAUUUUGGCGCUUCUUUGAAGAAAGUCAUCGCUGGGAUCUCAACCACCGCUGGUCUUGACUUCAUAGAUCCCAAACUACAGGUAUUCGAAUCGCCUGAUGACGCACAGGCUUUCACGAAAAUCGGAGCGCUGCAUGCCCUAAAUGAUUUCAAAGCGCCCACCCUGGAUUCAAAGAAAUGCCUCGUGGGACUUACCAAAAUCUUAUAUUUGCUCAACAAGGUAAAUUGA